AAAACAAGCCACAGUUACACAAAAUAUGUCCAUGUAGAGAGUGAAGACCGUCUUCAAGUUCUUAGUCUGUGUGACAUUUGAACAAAGAAUGUAAAACAGUGGGUUUCAGGGAUUGUGCUUUUUGGGUGGAUUCAGUCAAUCAGCCUGAACGUGAAAGCCCUGAAGGUUCGUUGUCAUUAUUCAACACAUUUGGAAAGUAUGUCCCACUUCGACUUCAGGGCCUUUGACCUAUACCAGGAUUCCUUCACAAUGCUUACAUGUUGCAUGACGUGCAAUGGCUCCUCCUCCUCACCUUUCCUGGGUUUCAGCUGCCCGAGACGUUAGCCUAAUAUUUCAACACUGGAGGUCAUCCUGAGCUGUCAGCUGGUACAGAACACGGAUGGAUAGAUGGAUGGAUGCGCAUCAGAUUAAAUCUUAACGCAGAGGCUGCGCACGGUGGCAACUUCCGCCCGUUCCGGAGGCGCACCCAUCUCCACCCUCACCGUCACACCUGUUGUGAAAACCUGCAUUUCAGCGGGAUCUUUUAGUCUGGCCAUCCCGGAGCGCUGCUCGUCGUGGAUAUCUGGGACAAAAAUCGCUUCCUAAACUGCAUUUGUAAACCCGGGCAGCAUCAAUGCGCUCUUGCUGGAUCCUGUCCACACUCACCAUCCUGGUGACGUUAGGACUGGUCCUUGUUAUCCUGGGCCAAUAUCAUGAGAUGCUCACGAUAGAUAGGAAGACUGAAAGCUUAAAAGUGUUCAAAGGCAGAUUUGAUACCAGACUUCUUUAUGAAGACCGCUUUAAAGACUCGAUCGAAAAGCUGUUGUCUGAGGGGCAGAGCAUGACGAAAACGCUGGAGACUGCGCUGGAGACACUCGGCCAAGAGGUCGAGAAGAAGAAAACUGAACAAGAUGCCUGUCAAGCAGAAAUGAAAACAAAAAAAGAAGAGGUGGAAUCCAGUGAGGCAUCAAACAAACAGACGACAGAUGCCCUAAAAGCCGAGUCUGAUGCCUGGCAGCAGGAGACAAACACUUUGAAAGCCCAACUGACGCAGGUCUCACCGAUUUGUGAAUAUGUGAAGAAAAAAGAUGAAGCGACGAAAUUAUGUGCCACCAAUGCCACCUCAACCUGAAAAGAAGGCCAUCGAAUGGGAAGUGCCAGAACAGUUUUCAUAUUUAUAACUUUAUUUCUGUCAAAGACCAAUAAAUGUUUGUCAAGUGUAUUUAGCUUCUCAAGGCUGAGUAGCUUUUGGUGUGUGUAAUUUUUAAGCUUUUACACCGCUUUUGUAGUUGUCUCAUCUUGCUUAUUCUACACCAGAUUAAAAUGCUGAAACCAGUUUAAA